CCUAGAACAACCUUGGUUCGCGUAAAUGUAGGCUAGCUGCAUUGGUGGUGUGAAAAUACAUAUUUCCUGUGUGUGGGGAGUGUGGAGGGCGAUAGAUUUACGAAGGUCGGUGAAUAGUAGGACAACAACUCGCAAAGCCGCUAUAAGGAAGACCUUUUCAAUUUUCCGUGCAAGGGCAUACCUUGCAUCUAAGAUUAAUCUAGACUAAACGGCGUUGACUGACCUACUAACCGGUGCAGUUGUCAAAUCAUCGACCUUCAGCGUUCCAGCUAACGUAUUCACGAAUCAGUAUCAUACAGCUAGCAGACAUGGCUUUGGUGGGAUUGAGAGCCUCUUACCACAGGAUCCUGGAUAAAGUCGAGUUUAUGCUACCGCCCAAAUUGAGACCCCUUUAUAACCAUCCAGCAGGUCCAAAGACGGUAUUCUUCUGGGCUCCGGUGUUUAAAUGGGGCCUGGUUCUGGCCGGGCUUGCGGACCUGACUCGACCCGCGGAGAAGUUGAGCACUUCCCAGUCCGCCGUGCUCACCGCCACAGGGCUGAUUUGGUCCAGGUACUCCCUGGUGAUUAUUCCUAAGAACUGGAACCUCUUCGCUGUCAACUUCUUCGUAGGAGGUGCUGGUGCCUCCCAACUCUUCAGAAUCUGGAGACACCACCAGGAGCUGAAGGCCAAGGCCAAGGAGGCACAGCCCUGAGGCGUCCGUCCCGCCAAACCCCCCCCUCCCCCCCCCUGCGGACUGAAAAGGGAGCCUUCCUGCGGGUGUCACGUCCAUCAGCGUCCCCCCACACACACUUCCCCCAUUUCGCCCCGUGCCUUUCUUUCACAGAAAAGGACUCCAUUUAGUUUUUUUUUCUUUUUUUUUCUUUUUUUUUUAGUAACGGAGACCGUGUAUCUUAUCAGAGUUUAAGAAACUGCAGGUGUUUCUGUACAUAUUCCAUCGUUCCAAACCUAACAACCACCCGCCAAUUGCUACACAAAUACGCCGGAAUAAAGACCAUGUGGCUUUUUUUAGCAUAAUUUAAUAUGAAAUUAAAUGAUGAAUAUGUGACUGUAUGUUCAUGUGCUAAUUUAAGAAGUAUUUAACAUUAGUGUCUUUGGUCUGAGAAAAUGUUGCUUUUCCAAUUUUUCUUUUUGAAAUCCAUCUCACUGUUUUUUUUUUUUUACACAUGAAAUGCCUGGUUUGGCUUGAAUACUGUAUAAGGAAUGUCUCCUAAUAAAUUUUAGAAUGGUUUUGA